UCUCUCCCCGUUAUUCACAUCAUCCCCAUUUACCGGGAGGAGAGCAUGCACACAGCACACUUUCCGCGUUUCUAAACCACACUUUAGACUCAGUCUUGUGUUUGAGUAAACAGUAAUAGUUACUCAGUGAGGCGAGCGGCGAGCGCGUGCUCUGUUUCUGACCAUUUCCACACUCCGGUUGUCAGGAUUAGUUUGGAUUAACUGGGAGGAGUACCUCCUAAAAUCGGCUAAAGUGGACACUUGGAACUUCUAAGGGAUGUGAAGAAGCAGGAUGGAAAACAAUCAUCAUUAAAAUAUAGGAUCCAUGAACAUGAUCUACGCUACAGAAUAACAAGAGGACACAAGCCACCCAAACUUAUUGUUUCUGCCAAUGUGUAUUUGCAGUGCAUUGUGGGAUGGCGCUCAUCUCCACCCUGCUUAUUCUGGGCAUUUUGGAAAGCCCACUGGUAUGUCGCAGCUACCCACACUUCUCAUCCAAUGACACUGUGUUCCAGCACCUGGCCCUGCACCCUGACCCUGCCGUAGGCACGGUGUACAUCGGUGCACAGGAUCGCCUUUACCAGCUGUCUGGACUGGACCACUUGCGCCUAGAGGUGGAAGAGACGACUGGUCCUGUGAGAGACAGUAAAGAUUGUCUUCCACCUGUAACUCCUGAGAACUGCCCACAUGCCCGCUUAGUGAAUAAUCACAACAAGUUACUGCUGGUAGAGCCCUAUUCCCUCCAGCUUAUUACAUGUGGCAGUGUUCAUCAGGGCACAUGCCAGAAGCGGAGCCUUGCUAAUGUCAGCACCGUUUUGUUCUCUGCUGAAAGACCAAUGGACACUCAGUACGUGGCUGCCAAUGAUCCAACCGUCUCCACCAUCGGUCUUGUGGCCCGUCCGAGAGAUGGCACUCCACCACUGUUGUACGUGGGAAGGGGCUAUGUGAAAAGGGGUAGCCUUCCACCGAUCUCCACCCGCCAUAUUUCCUCCGAACCCAUCUUUUCCUACGAGGAAACAGCUAAACUGGGUGUAGCCGGCCGCCUGUCCGAGUACGACCACAAUUUUGUAUUAACCUUUGCACGACGCAGCCACGUCUACUUCUUAUUUUUCAGACGCAACCUCAAAUCUACUUCUCGAGAAUACAGAACCUAUGUCGGUCGGAUGUGUCAGGAUGAUCAUGCGUACUAUUCCUACAUCGAAGUUCCUCUAGCAUGCCACUCUCGUUCGACAGGGCAAAAGUACAACCUCCUUCAGGGAGCACAGGUGGGUGGAGAGGUGGAUGGCAGGCAGGUCCUGGUGGCGGUGUUUUCCGCAUCACUGAAUGGGGCCAGCAAGCCGAGCGAGGAAUCGGCCCUUUGUGUGUACAGUCUGGAUGAAGUUGACCGCUGGAUUGAUGGCACGCGAGACCUGUGCUACACACAAGAUGGCCAGAGAGAAGGCAUCAAGGUGGCAUAUAUAGAGUAUGAAGUCAAAUCCAGCUGUGCCAACUUACCCACGGACACCCUCAAUACCUAUCCUUGUGGCUCAGACCACACCCCGAGUCCAAUGGCCAGCCAGGAGCCAGUGGAAGCUGAAGCAGUUCUGGAGAGUCCUUCUGCUCGUCUCACUGCUGUGGCUGUCAGUAUGAGAGAGGGACAUGACAUUGCUUUCCUGGGAGAUUCCAAAGGAAAUUUACAAAAGGUUUUCCUAGGGAGCUCCGGAGAAGUGAAGAGCUACUCCAGUCUUCCCAUCCAGCCAGGUUCAGCUAUUAACAGAGACCUGCAGCUUGACUCCUCCCAGAGACACCUCUACAUUAUGACCAGCAAUACUGUAGAGAAGAGGCCUGUGGCAGAGUGUGAGAAACAUGUAAACUGCCAGUCCUGCCUUGCAGCUCGAGAUCCUUAUUGUGGCUGGUGUGUCCUGGAGGGCAAGUGUGGCAUGCGUUCCGACUGUAGUCGUGGCUCACUGGAAGGCCAUUGGCUUUGGAGUUUUGACAUGGGGCAAAAGUGUGUGAAGGUCGAGUCACUGACCCAGUCCAAUAUCAGCCUCGGAGAAGAGAAAAAUGUGGCACUUGAUAUACCAGGAUUGCCAAGUCUCUCUGAGGGGGAGGCGUACUCAUGUUUCUUUGAUGAGACAGAAAGCGCUGUGACUGUUCAGGAAACUACAGUCACAUGCUUCACUCCACCUGCCCACAUGGUGCCUCCUGUACCUCAUGGACAGGAUUCGGUGUCAGUCGCUCUGUCUCUGCGCUUCCUGAACGUGACUGUGGCGGUUCAGGAGUUCACAUUUUAUGACUGUUCUCUUGUGCAGCAACUCUCAGGCACCAUGCCAUGUAUAGGGUGUGUGACCAGUCGCUGGAGAUGUAACUGGUGCGUCCAUCAGCACAUUUGCUCUCACAAGACCACAUGCGACCAAGGAGUCAUCAUAUAUAAUCAGCAUGACCACAAGUCAGACCUUGUAUCCUCUGUUCUUUCAACAACAAAAGACUUUGAUCAGUUUACUACAGAGUCAACCAAAGCGUCUGCUCCAACCAAAGUUCUUGCCAUGUCUACUGCUUUGGCAAUACCUCCCACCAUUCCAGAGCCAACUGCAAUAACAGCUGUGAAAACCCUCACCAACCUGCCGAGCAAUUUCCAGCAUGCCAUGCCUUCCCCAACCCAACAGGCAUUAACAGUAGCUGCAGAAGCCCAGGUUCUACAUGAAGACAGCAUAGUGAGUGCAGAGAAGGUACAUGUGUCACUGAUGACUCCUGGUGGCAAUGGUGAGGACAUGUGGAGUCUGUCCCAUAAAGGAUCGGCUGCAGACUCGGUCACAGCUCCCACCCUAAUAGUGGCUACUGUGGGUGCAGGACUGUCAGAUAAAGCAACUCCUACCUCCUUUACUGUUGGGGUGAAUGUUUGGUUUGGUGAGACUGAUGAUGGAAAAGCAUCUUUUGACAAUGGGCCAUUGAUUCCUUUGGCUUCUCCUCUACUUGGGGACGCAAAGACAGCACCUGUGCCACCCAGUUUUCUUUCCUCUUCAGAAGCGGACUUCCAGUCUGAUCCAGCUGAUCUUUCCUCCCUGGGUAAUGAAGGCUCAGUGAUGAGUGAAGCAUCCUAUACCUGUCCAUGUGUGGAGAGAGUUCAAGGUUCUUCUCUCCUCCCUGUAAACAUUGUGAGGCAGAUCACACUGGUGGGACGCAACCUGCACCUCUUCCAGGAUGAGGAUCUCAGUAAGGGUUACGAGUGUGUGUUAGCCAUAGAGGGCAGAACCGUGGUAGUGGCUGCAUUUGUCCAAAGGGAUGAAUCAAAGCCUUUCCUGUUCUACAUUACAUGUCAACUCCACCAGUACUCCUACUCUGCUGCUGUGGAAGAAUACAAUGCACCGAUCACAGUGAGAAGACAAGGCUCUUUUCAGCUGGACAGUAUGCAGGGCUUGCAUAUGAGGCUGUAUAACUGCUCAGUGGGGCGUUCAGACUGCAGCCGCUGUCACACGGCAGAGCCACGUUACGGAUGCGUGUGGUGUGAAGGAACCCAAUCCAGCUGCGUCUUCCGCAACUCCUGCAAAAAUCACAUCAAGCACACCUGCCCUGCACCCCACAUUCACCAGAUAGAGCCUCAGUCUGGUCCAGUAGAGGGCGGUACUGUGAUCACUAUCACUGGAUCAAACCUGGGCCAGAGAGCAGAGGACAUUGAGCACUCUGUUUUUGUAGCUGGAGUGCCAUGUAUUGUUAUUCCCACAAGAUAUGAGAUCUCCUCCAGUAUCGUGUGUAAGACCACUGCAAGUGGAAGUAAGAGAAAAGGGCAUGUUUCAGUGGAGGUGAAAGGAGGAGGAGUUGGAAAAUCUAUCCAGGAAUUCCACUACCAGGACCCAGUGUUACUGGGAAUGUUCCCACUGAAAGGUCCAAUGUCAGGAGGCACUUCAGUCAUCAUCAUGGGGUGGGAUCUACGAACAGGCCAGCCUAAUGAGAUCAGAAUCCUGAUUGGUGGAGUGCCCUGUAUAUUAACUAGCUCUCCACAACUGGAUGAUGAACAAAUUGCAUGUGUGACCAGUGGCAGUAACAGAACAGGAAAUCAUGCUGUAACUGUUUGGUUUGGUAGUGCAGACCGCCAUCUACAGGACACUUUCUAUCACUACACUCCAGACCCAAACAUCACAAGUGCCACUCCUACUAAAAGCUUCCUCAGCGGGGGUCGCAUGAUUCGAGUUUCCGGUCAAAACCUGGAUGUCGUCCAGGAUCCUCGCAUGCAAGUGACCCUGAGCCCUCUAGGGCCACAAUUUAAGGGAAGGAAAAGGAGGAAGAGAAAGAGCGAGAGACACACUGGGAGGGAUGAUAGGCUUUGGCCUCUCAAAAGGGAGCGGCGCAUAGUUCCAGAAUCACUCUGUCCUAUAGACAGUGUCUGUGACGUGAAGCAGACGGAGAUGCACUGUGUAAUCAACAGCUCCACUCUGCUCCUGUGUCCCACACCUACGCUCGGCCCAGAGGCUCGCCACGCAACAGUUAGCGUCCAUUUCUUGCUGGAUAACCUCAGCUUCAAUUUUGAGAAGAUCAACGGCAGCUCCUUCACUUAUGAGCUAAACCCCAUCCUCUACCCACUCAACCGCGGAGACCACAGCAAACCCUACCGCCACAAACCUGGAAGCAUCAUCUCUGUUGAGGGAGAGAAUCUGGACUUGGCCAUUUCUAAGGAUGAGGUGGUGGCUCUGAUCGGAGACAGAGUGUGUGCUGUAAAAACGCUCACCAGGAACCACCUUUACUGUGAGCCUCCUGCUCAGCUGCCCUCAGUGUCCACCACGAAGAAACGAGACGCCACUGAGCCUCUGCUGGAGUUCACAGUUCGAAUGGGGAAUCUGAACUUCUCCCUGGGAAGGGUGCAGUAUGAUGCUUUCGGCCAGGCCUUGUUUCCACUGGAAGCUCAGGUGGGCGUCGGGGUCGGUGCCUCUAUCGUAGCACUUAUUGUACUGGUCAUCGUGCUUAUAUACAGGAGGAAGAGUAAACAGGCACUGAGAGACUACAAGAAAGUUCAGAUUCAGCUAGAGAACCUAGAGACCAGCGUGAGAGAUCGCUGCAAAAAGGAGUUCACUGAUUUGAUGACAGAGAUGAUGGACAUGUCUAGUGACUUGGUGGGCUCUGGGAUUCCCUUCCUGGACUACCGCAAAUACUCGGAGAGGAUAUUCUUUCCUGGCCACCAGGUGUCACCACUGAAGCGCGAUCUAGAUGUGCCAGCUUGUCGCCGGACUACAGUAGAGCAGGGCCUCGUCCAGCUCUCCAAUUUACUGAACAGCAAGCUGUUCCUCAUCAAGUUCAUUCACACUUUGGAGAGCCAGAGGACGUUCUCUCCACGAGACCGUGCAUAUGUGGCCUCCCUCCUUACAGUGGCACUGCAUGAAAAGCUGGAGUAUUUCACUGACAUUUUGAAAACGCUGUUGAGUCACUUGGUGGAACAGUACACCACCAGAAACCCCAAACUCAUGCUGCGCAGGACUGAGUCAGUGGUAGAGAAGCUGCUUACCAACUGGAUGUCCAUCUGCCUUUAUUCCUUCCUCAGGGAAUCAGCAGGUGAGUCUUUGUACAUGUUAUUCCGAGCCAUAAAACACCAGGUGGAUAAAGGCCCCGUGGAUGCCGUAACUAGCAAGGCCAAGUAUACACUCAACGACAACCGGCUCCUGCGUGAUGAUGUGGAGUACCACAUACUGACACUGAAUGUACUGGUAACCAGUGCAGGCACAAAUGAGUCUCAGACAGUUCCUGUGAAAGUGCUGGACUGUGACACCAUCACGCAGGUGAAGGAGAAGAUACUGGAGCAGACAUGGAAGGGCACAUCAUACUCUCAGAGGCCCUCCACAGACUCCGUGCAUUUAGAAUGGAGGGCUGGGAUGGCGGGACACCUAAUUCUGUCCGAUGAAGACCUGACCUCAGUGGUGCAGGGCUCAUGGAAACGCCUGAACACUUUGCAACACUACAAGGUUCCUGAUGGUGCCACAGUAACUCUAGUAUCACGACAGUCCAAACAUGUCGACCAUGACAGUCAUGACUACAUACCCGGAGAGAAGACUCCUAUGCUGGAGGAUGAGGAAGAUGAAGGGAUAAAGUUGUGGCAUCUGGAGAAAUCCAGUGAAGAGCCAGAGCUGUCCAAACACAGACGAGGGAGUCUGAGAGAAAGAGAGCGAGAGAGAGCUAAAGCAAUACCAGAGAUCUACCUCACACGGCUGCUGUCUAUGAAGGGCACACUGCAGAAGUUUGUAGACGACUUGUUCACCGUGAUUCUCAGUACCAGUCAGCCAGUUCCUCUGGCUGUGAAAUAUUUCUUCGAUCUGUUGGAUGACCAGGCAGCACAACACAAUAUUAAUGACCCUGAAACCAUCCACAUCUGGAAGACAAACAGUCUACCACUGAGGUUCUGGAUCAAUAUUCUGAAGAACCCACAAUUCAUCUUCGAUGUUCCCACCUCAGACAGUGUGGAUGCGGUGCUGUCUGUUAUCGCUCAAACCUUCAUGGACUCCUGCACAAUCGCUGACCACAAACUGGGCAGGGAUUCUCCCAUUAACAAAUUGUUGUAUGCUCGAGACAUCCCACGCUACAAACAGAUGGUGGAAAGGUAUUAUUCGGAUAUAAAGCACACCAUUACUUCCAGUGACCAAGAAAUGAACUCUGUUUUGGCAGAGCUGUCCAGAAAUUACACAAGUGAAGUAAAUCAUCUAGUGGCCUUGAAUGAGUUAUAUAAGUACAUCAACAAAUAUUAUGAUCAGAUAAUCGCUGCUCUAGAGGAAGACUCCAAUGCUCAGAAGAUGCAGCUGGGCUAUAGACUUCAGCAGAUCGCAGCAGCUGUGGAGAAUAAAGUUACUGACCUUUGACCUGCUAACUCAGGCUGAAAUUUAAGGAGAGUGAAAAAGAAACAAGAGCAAUGGACAGAGAGAGAGAGAGAGAGAGAGAGAGAGAGAGAGCUCAGACUCCCAGAAGCGUGAGAGCACAGCCUGGGACUUCUGAGUUACUCAGAGGUGAUUUAAAGGAGGAAAUUACAUGGAAAAAUGAAGUGUGUGCUAAAGGCAGAGUGGUUGCAGUGAUGUCUGGGUGUUAAGAUAUUUCCCUGCAGAUCAUUCAUCUGUCCAGCACAGCUCCAGCUGGAUAAUUCCUUCUCACUGAUGAUAUUUUAUAUUCGCAAGAUGCUAGCUUGUCUGGAUCUCCAACGGACUGUUGUGAAAUACUUCUGAAGAUCUUAAGAAACUUUAAUCUUGAUUUUUGUAAAUCUCUUCAUUGCACUUUGGAGCUUAAGAUGUUUUUUUCCCUCACAUAUUUGAAGGAUGCUCCAUUUCAGCUUUUUGAAAGAUGUCUUAUUGAAAACACUGCACACGAGGUUCAUUUUUUACAAGAGCCCUAACCAUCUCUUCUUUUCUUUUCUUUUUUUUUAACUUGACCUAACUCAUUUGUCGUCUUUCUAAUGUACAGUAACUGCUGACCUGGUUAGCAGAUAAAACCUUACAUAUUGCAUGUAUCGUUACUGCUCAGUAACACAUGCAGUUUUCUUUAGAGUGCAUUUCUACAGCACAGCAAACACACCAUUAAACACAUAUGAAUGUGGGCACUGCUUAAAGAGCGACUAGCCUGAUGAUAGCUGCUGCAGUAUAAAGGAUAUGUUUGGACUUUGGGAGUCGUCUUUCUGAUUUUUAACAUGGUGUAUAAUGUACAGUAAGCUACAUUCAGCCUUCUCCAGUCCUAAGAUGGCAUGACAGAGAAGGAUACUGUACCAGUAAAUGUUAGACUCAGACUUACAAAUGUUUAUUUAGCUAAAUGAGAGUGAAUGAAACAGAUGGUGACGUUUAACAGUGCUAUAUUGUCAAAAGCACUUAAGAGAACUGUACAUAUGCAUAUGCAGAUUUAGAAAUGUAACAAGAGAUCCCCCUGAAAUAACCCCACUGAAUGGUUUUUAAACAAACAAAAUCAUUAGAAUGGAAUUGUACAGCUGUUGAUACAGCUGUCAUUAACACGUCCACAACUUUACUAUACAUAAACUGUUACCAUGAGCACAAUUUCUGAACACUAAUGACACCAACAUGUGCUGUACUUUAAAGCUCUUACACUCUCUAUCACACACCUUACACAGCACUGCAUGAUGGUCCAUUGUGUUUAUGAGUUUUGAAUUUCCUUGUUGAUCUGUAUGCACUGAAGUUCUACAUGCUAACAUUGUGGAUAUACGUCUGUGUAGUUAGAACUGAGGCACUUUAAUGAUCAUCAGUUCCAUCGUCUAACAUGUACAACCAAAAGGCUCAGUCACAAGCAAAUGAUAUCCCCUUUCUCUUCAGUGCUUAGAAAAAUAAACUACUACUGCCAUGUUGAGUUAUACAUUAUACAGUUCAGCCGCUUUUACAUGGAACUGAAAGUAAAGUUCCAUCUAGAAUUUACUAGCGAGCAAUCAAAUGACAUAGCACUGAAUUGAAGUAAAGCACAACACAUUAGGCAUGCCAUAGUGAAGAUCAUUUCAGUAUGCAUGAACUAUUCAUGUGCUCUUUCUAUAACUCUUUAUAUGUACUUCAUUGUUGCUUUUCAACAAAGCAGGUGCAGUGAUGUGUAAAGCAGCCACUGUGUGUUAACCCUGCUCUACAUCGUUUAUCUGCAGAAUGUGCCAGCUUUAUUUAUUUUAUUUAUAUUGUUUCUGACUGGCUGCUCGCAGUUGAUUUAUGUGAAGACCAAAUUGCCGUAAAUGAUUUCUCGCCCUCUUUUGAAUCACUCUGAAUCGCUUAGUUAAUUACUAAUGAGUUAUUAGACAAGUCUUAAUUUCAGUGUACCAGAUGUGAAAGUUCCGGUGUUAUUUUGUAAAUUGUGCUUUCGGUCAUGUGGUAAUAUUCUUGCGCAAAUCAUAUAUAUUCACACUGUAUUUUUUUUUUUUAUACCUGGUCUUUUAUAUUGUAAAUAUUGUUGUAAUCAGCCAUACGCUUUCUAAGCUGUUGAGUUGUAGUUAUGUGUGUAGACUGGCCAUUCAAUAAAGCU